GGUGGAAAGAGCUGUUAAAAAAAAUCCCUAGAAAAGUUUUUGCAACCUAACCUUUAAAUUUUAGACAACAUUUUUCAUGAAGCUGAAUGUAGAUCGAGGGAUAAAGUAAUUUUCAUUUGGGAAAAUAAUUUAAACAUUUGAAGAACAAAAACCAUGGCAUCGAAAGUGUCACUACUUACGCUAUAAAACACAUUUCUGUGCAACGUUCGUUUCCGGCUGUUCUGAGCUUGGGUUCGUCAAAGGAAACACCGCACGCGACAAUAACAAAAAACGUGUAAACAUAAGAUUGAAUAAUACUUUCUUCUGAGUGCAGCUUGUAGAAAGUCGUGAAUUUCAGAGUGGAAAUCAUUGAACUACAGAUUUAUAAGGAAUGGCACAUUUGAAUGCUGGUGUAGCGAAAAUGUCUAAAGGUUUUCACUUUGCGGAUAAAGAAAUUUCGAAUGAAAUGGUAGUUGAUGCAAAUGCAAGCAACAUUGCUCGAGAAGAUUUGCAAUGUUUUGUAUGCGAUGCAAAAGUGCAAGGAAGGCACUACGCUUUAGCAACUUGCAGAACCCAAAGCACCAGAACUCGUGUUAUAGAAAAAUUAGGAGAACUUGUUGGGGAAAGGUAUAUGGUUGUAAUUUCCGAAGACGACGUCAUUUGUCGCAGCUGUGCGAACUUGAUCAACACUUUAGAUCGCCUUGAAAGUGAAAUGAAUGGAGUUAAGAGCACAGUUCUGCGGUAUCUAGAACGUAAAUAUUGCCUAGAUGAGGGAGAACUUCUCAACAACAACGUGUCAGUUAAACAUGGCCAACCACCCCACCUCACUCAAACUGGCGAGAGCGACAAGAAAAGAAAGGCGUUCAAUCUUGUGGAUGAAUCUGUUUCCAAGAACAAACAAAAGAAAUCAAUUGCAUUACAGUGUGACAAGUGCAAAUAUACGACGGAUUAUAAUACCUUCAUGGUUCAUCACAUCAGGCAGCAUGUUAACCAAAAGAUAAAUUGCGACAGAUGCGGAGUUCAAUUCGUGGGGAACAAUCAGCAGAAUAAUGCACAUAGUUGUAAAGAAAAACAGAAACGGACUGAGCUUGCUAAUUCAAAUGAAUUAGACACAGGAACUCCAGCCGUAGAUAUAAAUGUUUUCCCUAUGGAGAAUGGCGAUCUAACGGAGGAUCAUAUAACCACACAAGAUCAAAACGUUUCUAUAAAAGAAGAUCAGGAUCAUAAAGUGUUUGAUUUACCAAAUCUCGAAGCUGACGACGUUUCAACUCAUUACGUUGUGCCAGAACCUACUGAAGAGUUUCUUAUCCAAGGGGAAGAAAUGGGCGAUAAUUCGAAAUCGACAAUGCUAGAAGACACGGAUUCGAACAGAGAAAUACUUCUCCAAAAGAAAGAUAUCCCCACCAAACAGAUCUUGACUGUUGCAGAAGAUGGAAGUUUAGAAAUGAUGGAAGUGGGAGCUUGGGAGGAAAAGAAUGCGAAUUUGAAAGGAGACCAGCCCUAGAACUUGAAGUGAAUAAUCUACAAUUUCAUAUACACAUAUUUAUUUUUUCCGUAUAGUUAAAUUUUGAGAAACUACAUUUGAUUAAUAGAUUUAUAGUUCCAGGCAAAAUUCUAACUAUGUCAAGCACGAGACAUUUCGUUAUAUUGGUUUCAUUUUUUGUUACCAAUAUUUCCAGAUAAUAAUUUAGUCUUCGAAAAUUCUUCUCCAGUGUUCGAAAUUUGUUGACUCGUUUCUUGUCUGGUUUGAAUGAAGUCUUUGAUCGCUUUUAUUAUUUCACUGAGCGUCGUGUUUCCGGCAUCUUUAAAUUUUUCCAUAUUUUCAUUUGCUUGCUCCUCUACACCCCCUGUCUGUGAAAAACAAAAUAUAUUUAGUGAAUUAUAAUUUUUGAGUGAAGUUAAGGACAUUUUCGUAUGACAUCCUCGGAUUUUCUAGAUGCAAGAGGUAGAUACUAAUUCAAAAAUGUUUUUAUUCUGGUUGGUUAAGUUAUUCCAAACCAAUUAUUUUAUUUUAUUCCAUUAAAUGAUUCAGUUAAAUGCAAUGUAAAUAUCUUUAUUCUAUUGUCUACUUUUUGAAUAAAAUAUAAGUUAAGAAAAUGUUUGAAACUCUAAUGAAAACGAAUUAAAUAUUAAGAAAUGGAAAUAAGUUUAGUAACUGGAUUAUGUACUUCAGUUCCAAAAGUAUUUCCCUCAGUUGAGGUAGUUGUAUUGUCUUGAGGUGCAGAAUGUAGAUAUUAUAAUUUAAAAUAUGAAAAACCAUGUCUAAUUUUUGUAUUCUAAAAUAAAAAAUAUACUGAAGCUUUUAAAUGUGA